AUGGGGUUCAAGAGGCUGAUAAGAUUCGAGGCCAAGGACGGCAAUACCUACCACGGUGAUGCAAUUCUUCCCGAGGGAUCUAUUGAUGUGUAUGAGGCUAAGACUGCAUAUGUUAUCCUGGGAAAUGUGCUUAGCAAAGACUAUGUGAUCACAAACCAUAUUGCUGAAAUCUCCAAGUUAUUAUCUCCACUGAGUGAGUCUCAGAUCCCAAGUUUGCGCUGCGUUGGAAUGAACUACAUCAAACACGCAAUUGAGCUGAAAAUGGAGAUUCCAAAAUACCCGGUGCUAUUUUUCAAGCCAACUUCAGCCGUGGUUGGGCCAUCGGAUCCAAUUAUUGUCCCUGCCGCAUGUCAGAUGCCACCAGCCAAAGUUGACUACGAAGUGGAAAUGGCUAUUGUCAUCGGUAAAACGGGGAAGAACAUUCCAGUUGAAGAGGCACACGAGUAUAUUAUGGGUUACACCAUUGGUAACGAUGUGAGUCAAAGAACUUGGCAGAUGGACAGAGGUGGAACUCAGUUUGGCGUGGGGAAAAUGUUUGAUAAUUUCGCUCCUUUGGGUCCUUCAAUUGUCUCCAGUGAAGUUUUGCCAGAUGCAAACAAUUUGCAUAUCACAUCGAAGGUUAAUGGUGAAAUUAGACAGGAUUCUCGCACAUCUGACAUGAUCUUCACCACCUCUGAGGUUGUUUCUUUCAUGUCUAUUGGAACGACGUUACGUCCCGGUGAUGUAAUCUUCACCGGAACUCCCUCUGGAGUUGCAGUAGGAUUGGAGCACACUCCUUGGUUAAAAGACGGAGAUGAGGUUGAGUUCGAGAUCGAGAAUAUUGGAGUUCUUAGAAAUAAGCUGGUGUUCGAGAACAACCCAGCCUUGACGGCUAAAUACAUUUAG